GUGACGGCUGUGCGUUGGGCGACUUCAAGGUUCUAUUACAAAAGUGAAGGCUGUUGCUUUGCUGCUCUCUGCCUCCAUUGCCGUGCAGAUCUGAGAGCUAGCUUACCUCCGCGGGCGGCGAUGGAGAGGGAGUUGAGCUUUUCCAUGUCUAGUGUCGCCGGAUCCAUCGCAAAGUUCGCGUCAUUGGCCCUUCCCUUCCUGUUCUUCCUGCUCUUUUCCUCUCUGAUCCCUUCCGCAGAAGCUUAUGAUGCACUGGACCCAAAUGGAAAUAUAACAAUCAAAUGGGACGUUAUGCAGUGGACUCCUGAUGGUUAUGUUGCUGUUGUGACAAUGUUCAAUUACCAGCAAUAUCGUCACAUCCAAGCACCUGGAUGGACCCUUGGGUGGACCUGGCAAAAGAAGGAAGUCAUUUGGUCUAUGGUAGGAGCACAGACCACUGACCAGGGUGAUUGCUCGCGUUUUAAGGGUGGUAACCUUCCACAUUGCUGUAGGAAGGAUCCAAUAAUUGUUGAUCUCCUUCCUGGAACACCUUACAAUCAGCAAAUUGCCAAUUGCUGCAAAGGAGGGGUGAUUAACUCCUGGGUUCAAGAUCCAGCCAAUGCUGCAAGUUCAUUCCAGGUCAGUGUUGGCUCAUCAGGAACCACCAACAAGACCGUCCGUGUGCCCAAAAACUUCACCCUAAAGGCUCCAGGACCAGGGUACACAUGCGGGAUAGGAAAAAUUGUAAAGCCUACUAAAUUUGUUACGCAAGAUGGAAGGAGAACAACCCAAGCUUUGAUGACAUGGAACGUGACAUGUACAUACUCUCAGUUUCUUGCUCAGAAGACUCCUACUUGCUGUGUGUCGCUCUCAUCUUUCUACAAUGACACAAUCGUUAACUGUCCCACAUGUACAUGUGGCUGCCAGAAUAAUGCAACUCAACCAGGGAGCUGUGUAGAUCCUGAUUCCCCUUAUUUAGCCUCUGCAGUAAAUGCCGUUGACAAAAACAGCUACACACCUUUGGUGCAGUGCACCUCACAUAUGUGCCCAAUAAGAGUUCAUUGGCAUGUCAAACUUAACUACAAGGACUACUGGCGAGUGAAGAUUGCAAUAACAAAUUUCAACUAUCGGAUGAACUAUACACAGUGGAAUCUUGUUAUCCAGCAUCCUAACUUUGACAAUAUCACUACAAUUUUUAGCUACAAUUAUAAAUCACUGACGCCAUAUGGAGGCAUAAAUGAUACUGCUAUGCUUUGGGGUGUAAAAUUCUACAAUGACUUCCUCAUGCAAGCUGGACCUUAUGGAAAUGUACAAUCAGAACUUCUAUUCAGAAAGGAUCCAACAACAUUUACCUUCCAUCAAGGCUGGGCUUUCCCCCGUCGAAUCUACUUCAAUGGCGACAACUGUGUCAUGCCGUCUCCAGAUUCAUAUCCGUGGUUACCUAACACAGCCACACAAUUGAAGAGCACAUUGUUGAUAUCCCUUUUUGCUGCUUUGACUUGGUUGCUAAUCAAUGCCUAGUAAGAAAUUUGAGUUUGUCGCAUUUUAAAUGUUCUCGCUCAAGCUUCUGGAACAGGUAUAUGUGCGUUGAUAUUGUCAUUCCAUUUGGUAGCAAAAUGAGUUUUAAUGUAUUUUCUUUGUAAUUUAUGCCUCUGUAUUAUUUGUAGAGAAAUGGGGGAAAACAGUAACUCAUAUUUGUAAAAGCUAUUAGCAGACAAACGGGUGUUGUUGAAAGAGUACUUUUUUUAUUUUA